AUGAGAGCAAAACGUUCAAAAAAGUACCGCAAGCUGAUGCACCAAUAUGAAAUCACUUUCGGAUUUCGCGAGCCCUAUCAGGUCUUAGUGGAUUCUCAUUUUCUGCGGGCUUUAUAUUCCUUUAAAAUGGAUUUAAUACCUUCGCUGGAACGAACACUACAAGGAAAAGUAAAACCCUUUCUUACAAAAUGUUCUCUCGCCGCCAUGACUGCCUCAUUUUCUUCCUCAACCUCUUCUUCCGUACAACGACCCGGAGCUGCCCCCCGAAGACCACCGCAACUCCCUCCCCCCACCGUUCUGCCCCUCCGGUAUUGUUCCCAUAACGAAGAUGAUACGCCCAUCGACGAAGCCAGCUGUCUUCUCUCUCUACUUUCACCGAGCGCGGAAUCGAAAAAGAAUAAAGAGCAUUAUAUAUUAGCAUCCGCGGAUCCUACCCCAGCGCCAACGAAUGAUCGCAAACGAGCUCCCACAAAACCACCGCCACGGUAUAAUCUAAGACGGGAUGCGCGAUCUAUACCUGGCGUCCCAAUAAUAUAUGUGAAGCGAUCAGUUAUGAUACUAGAGCCUAUGAGCGGCACGUCGGAGGGCACACGGGACGGUAUAGAACGAGGGAAAUUUAAGAAUGGGUUGAUUUCAACAGCAACUAAGAGAAAGAGAGAAGACGAUGAGGCCACUGGUGCAGAGCCGAAAGAGAAGAAAUCAAAGAAAGUUAAAGGGGUAAACCCGCUCAGUGUUAAGAAACCGAAAAAGAGAGAAAAUCCAGCUGGACAGAAAGAAAAGACCGAAUUAAAUGCGGAAGAACAAAGACCGAAUGAGACAAAUGAGACGGACGCGGUACAGGAUGGAGAUGCAUCAGCGAAGACAAGAAGGAAAAGAAGACAUAAGCAGAAGCCCCAUAGUGAAGCUGAAGCAAACCCAGAUGGUUCUAUAGCAGUCGAAAUAUGA